AUGGAAAAAUAUAUAAAUAUUUUAUUCAAAAUUUUGACAAAAGGAAAUAUUUUGGGAAAAUUUCAUUUGAGCUUUUAUGCGUUUUUAGACAAGUUGGAUUAUUCUUUAAAUAUAUCCUUGCUUUAUUAUCUUAUUGUUGAAUAUAUAGCAACAUCUAGAGACUGUUUGAAAAUGGUGCCUGAAAUUAUUUUUGAUUUCCAUAUUUCAGCAAAUAUUAAAUUAAGCGAGAGAGCAGAAAAAGUUGAAAUUGAGCAAUUAAAUGGUGUUAAAUAUACAAAUUAUCAAAUUACCAAUAUUUUCAACCCAAAAGUGUGUUUUGUUUUUGCAGAAACUGCCAGUGAUAUUUCGACUUUCAGAAUUAGAAUCAAUAUGAAAAAAUAG